AACACACAUAUACUUAGGGUUUUAAGUUGAAAAGCUUGUUUAAAUGUUUUACUAAUAAUACCAAUUGCUUGAUCAAUUUUCAAUCUGACCAAGUGCGAGCUAAUAGGGGUAUUCCCCAAGAUUUGUAAAAAUUAUCAGUCUUAUAUUGUAAGCAUAUCAUCAAAAGGUUUUAUCAGCAAUUGUUAUCUGUUCAACUCGAGCCAUUCCGAUUUCUUUAUUAGUUGCGAUUUGAAACUUGAGGAAAGAUGUUGGGUGCACUUCUGUCGUGUCUUUUUUUGUGGAAUGCCCUACUUUUGGAGGCCUUUCCUUUGGAUCGACAGAGUAUUCUUUCGGUUGGUGGAAAGGAUUACUUCAUUUCCUUGGAGAAAUAUAACUGGUUCGAAGCGACCAACCGAUGCCGUCAGAAGGGUGGAUUCCUGCUGAACCUGGAGAGUCAGGAGGAACUGGAACUGCUCAGCCCUUUCCUCCACCCAGCCUACAGCUACUGGCUAUCCCUCAAUGAUCUUGGAGUUCGGGGCGUAUACGUGUCGGAGGCCACUGGUCACGAGGCUCCUUUUCUCAAUUGGUCUGCUGGACAGCCGGACAACAGCGAUGGCGACGAUCGGUGUGUGGAGCUCUGGCCAUCGACUAGGUCCCAGUUCCGGAUGAACGACCUGUCCUGCAGAAUGCCAGUCGCCUUCGUUUGCCAGUUAAACUAGAAUCGGUACUUACGAUUUCCCUGGUACGAAUUGGUUGUCUUCCUUUUUUAUGUCAUUUUUAACGGAGCUACCAAGUGCAGCUAUUAAAAGUAUUUGGCUUUUAUUGAUAGUA